GCCUCUGACUGCUGAUUUUAAGAGGUAUAUUCUUAUAAUACAUCGUUCUUCUUUUACUUUUUUGUGGGGGGAGAAAUUUCUUUAGUUCUCCGCAGCCAGGAUAUUCCGACGUCACGUUCAGCAAAAGAGGGUUUGGUUGUCGAUUUGGUUCUGAUCAGCCGAGAUGGAUUCGGACACUGGCUCCACCUGCAGCCGUUCUUCCUCACCAGACCUGGCCGUGGACUCUGCCGUGGGUGCUUUCUUCUCCAGCAAAGUGCUCCGGGCGUACCGUGGAGAGGAGGCGGCCCUGCGACCAGACCGGGAUAGGCCAGAAGGGACCGAGGAGGGCCCACAAGGAGCCGGGUCUGGGGGGAAGAGCCGGAACCGGGCCGAGCUCUCCAAGGACGACCUGCAAGAGCUGCGUCUGCGGGUGAACAGCCGUGAGCGCAAGCGCAUGCACGACCUGAACCAGGCCAUGGACGGCCUGCGCGAGGUCAUGCCCUACGCCCAAGGACCGUCCGUGCGCAAACUCUCCAAGAUCUCCACCCUCCUGCUGGCCCGCAACUACAUCCUCAUGCUCUCCAGCUCACUGGAGGAGAUGAAGAAGCUGGUGGGCGAGGUGUACGGCGCCGGCGCCGCCCAGAGCCGCCCAGCACGGCCCGUCCUGACCCGGACCGCCGCCUCUCCUCCCCAGCUGCCACAGCUACCCCUGCUGCCACUGGCCCAGUCCCUGCAUCCCCUGGCGGCCAGCGCGGCGGCCGCGAGCACCUCCCCCCUCCAGCAGGGCGGCGCACAGACGCCCCACUCUCCGCCCUCCGCUGGUUACCUGGGCUUCCACGCCACGCCCCUGCCCAGCCUGCUCAAGGAACCGCUGCCUCUGUCCGCCUCCUACCGCCACUUCCCCGGCAUGCCGUGCCCCUGUGCCCUCUGCCAGCCUCUCCCCACCUCCACAGCCAGCCUACACAGCCUUCCCAUGGGCAAGUGAGCCAAGCGAGGUCCAGGACUCAAGUAUAUGGAGAAGGCCCGAAUCUGACGAUGGACGUUUAGGCAAAAAAACAAAAAAAAAGUGGAAAUAAUUGAGCAGCAAGGAGUCCUGGGUGUUCUGUAUGCAUGUAAAUAAUCUGUACAUAAUGUUCUGGUCAAUGUGCUUUUUUUAUGUUCAUGAAUUAUUGCAUAUUGCUCAGGCAUUUUGCAUUGUCACGGGAUACAUCGUGAUUGCUACCAGUUCUAUCAAUGCUGUAUCUGGAACCAAGCUAAAUGUGAAUAGAAAUUUUUGCA